GUGCGGCGCACCGGACGGGAGGCGGCCUCUGUCAUGCUGCGCGCGUUGAACCACCUGGGUGUGCGGCCCCCGUGCGGGCCCCCGGCCCCGCUGCUGCUACCCACGCGCGGCCGCAAGACCCGCCACGACUCGCAGGCCAAGUCCAAGGUCGGGCGCGUGGCGACCCCGCCCGCGGUCGAUCCUGCGGAGUUCUACGUGCUGACGGAACGUUACCGACAGUACCGCCAAAUCGUGCGCGCCCUCAGGCUAGAGUUCGUGUCCGAGGUGCGGAGGAAGAUAAGCGAAGCCCGGACCGGGGUUCUGGCAGAGCGCAAGGCGCUGGAGGACGCCACUGAGCACCGCGACCUGAUGGCCUGGAACCUGGCGGAGAACCGGCGGCUGCACGAGUUGCGGAUAGAAAGGCUGCAGCAGGAGGCGCGGGAGCAGGAGCAGCGGCAGGCCGAGGAGAAGGUCCUUAAGGCCAGAGAGACACAGGCCUGGGUGCAGCUCAAGGAGCAAGAACUGCUGCAGCUGCAGGAGGAAGCGAAAAACUUCAUCACCCGAGAGAACCUGGAUGCUCGAAUAGAAGAAGCGCUGGACUCUCCAAAGAGCUACAACUGGGCCAUCACCAGGGAGGGGCUCGUGGUCCGGCCACAGCAGAAGGGCUCCUAAGGGGCCAUUGAGGACAGUACCUGCCCAGGGACUGUGUGUGUGUAGGCAUUUGAAGGUUGAGUCUGACCUGGAAUAAAACAGUGGCGUUUCUUAUGAAGAAGGAAGCUAACCUGUUCUAGCGUGGCCCUCAUGUUCUGGCCUCUGUACCUCCCACUUGGGCAGAAACUCCCACACUCAGUGCCCUUUUCUGUCCCAUGUACAACUCUCAGCACAGUACCAGACCCUAGAGGUUCCCAUCGUACAGAGGAGCAGAUUGGACCACAGUCCCCAGGUAACCUCCUGAGUGUCAUCGAGGGCAGUCAGUGGUUAGCAAAUUAUGGUCCAUGGGCCAAAUCUGGCCUAUUACAUGUUUUUGUAAAUCAAGUUUUAUUGGAACAUAUCCACACCCAUUCAUUGACUGCUUGGUUAUUAAAAUGGCAGAGAUGACUAGUUACAACAGGGACCAUAUAUGACUUGUAAAGUCUAAGGUAUUUGUGACAUGGCUUUUACAGAAGUUUCCUGACCCUUAUCUAGGGUUUUAGGGUUCUAACCAGAGCAGCUAUCACCUGGUACCUGAGGCCCAAGCUAACCAUUGGCCAAAGACCUGUUUCUCUUUGGCCAUGGGCUUUGCUGGCCGCGAUCUGGUGUGCCUAAGGCACAGAAGGCAAGGUGGAGACCCCAUUUCUUCUGGUAGCCCUUUCCACCCAUGGCCUCGGUGACCUGCAUCUGCCCUGGCACCGCCAGCCUCCGUGGACCACCCAGCAGAUGCGUACUGGUCAGGCUUUACAAGGUCAGUGGAGUUUGUCAAGCAUUUGAAUCAAACCCUGUGGGUACCAGAAAUAUUGUGAUUAAAGUUCACAAGAUUGAAAAA